AGCUGGCUGUCGGGUGGGAGCAGGUCCGGCGCAGCCGAGUCCCCAGCCUGCGGGGACUUGGGGCUACUCUGCUGCUCUCUCUCGGUCCGUAGGCGCCGAACUUCGUCGGAUUCGGACCCCACCGCACUCACCACCACGUUCCCAGGCCGGCCCUUCAUCGGCCUUCGUGUAUCUCACCUGUACCUGUCCCACCAUGCUUUCCUGUGAUAUAUGUGGUGAAACAGUAACCUCAGAACCAGAUAUGAAGGCUCACCUGAUUGUUCACACGGAAAAUGAAGUUAUAUGUCCAUUUUGCAAGUUGUCAGGCAUAAAUUAUGAUGAAAUGUGUUUUCAUAUUGAAACAGCUCACUUUGAGCAGAACGCACCAGAAAGGAACUUUGAGAGGGUAGAUACUGUACAGUAUGGAAAUUCAGAGAGCAGGAGCAACACCCCACAGAGCCCGGUUGAAGUCAGUUCAAGUAUCCAUUCGGCCUGUGCAUCUAAUCCAAAAAAGUCAACUCAAAGCCUGCCUGAAGAUGCUAAUUUAAAACAUGAAGCUUUUUACUCAGAGAACUUAACUGAACCUAGAAAAUUCCUGAGAAGUAGGGAAAAGCAGUCUGGAUUGUCCGAGGUCAAAGGAUCAAUUUAUGCAACAACGUACAGUCCUCCUGAAUGUCCAUUCUGUGGGAAAAUAGAGGACUGUAGUCAAGAUAUGGAAGCUCAUGUGAGAACCAAGCAUGCCAGUCUCUUAGAUACUCCAUUAGGAGACCGUCACCAGCCACUCUAUGACUGUCCUAUGUGCGGGCUCAUCUGUACAAAUUACCAUAUUCUCCAGGAACAUGUUGACUUGCAUUUAGAAGAAAGCAGCUUUCAACAAGGCAUGGAUGGAGUCCAGUGUUCUGGCGAUCGAGAACUAGCUCACCAGCUUCAACAAGAAGAAGACAGAAAGAGGAAAUCGGAAGAAUCAAGGCAAGAAAUGGAAGAAUUUCAGAAGUUGCAGCGACGCUACGGCUUAGAUAAUUCUGGAGGAUACAAACAACAGCAACUAUGGCACAUGGAGCUAGAAGUUAGCAGGGGAAGAAUGCAUCCGUCUGAAUUCCACAGCAGGAAAGCUGACAUGAUGGAGUCGCUAGCUAUUGGAAUUGAUGAUGGAAAAACAAGAACUUCCGGAAUUAUCGAAGCUCUCAAUAGAUUCUAUCAGCACACUGCCACAGAUGUGAGGUGUGUGUGGCUUUCUGCAGUGGUGGAUCACUUUCAUUCAUCUUUUGGGGACAAAGGUUGGGGCUGUGGUUAUAGAAAUUUCCAGAUGCUACUUUCAUCAUUAUUACAAAGUGAUACAUAUGAUGAGUGCUUGAAAGGUAUGUCAAUUCCUUGCAUUCCAAAAAUUCAGUCUAUGAUUGAAGAUGCAUGGAAGGAAGGUUUUGAUCCUCAGGGGGCUUCUCAACUUAAUAACAAGUUACAGGGAACAAAGGCCUGGAUUGGAGCAUGUGAAAUAUAUACACUUCUGACCUCACUGAGGGUAAAGUGCCGUAUUAUUGAUUUUCACAAGUCAACUGGUCCUUCGGGUACACACCCUCGCUUAUUUGAAUGGAUAUUGAAUUAUUAUUCUUCAGAGAGGGAGGGGAAUUCGAAGGUUGUAUCUACCUCGAAACCUCCUGUCUAUCUCCAGCAUCAGGGUCACAGUCGAACAAUUGUUGGAAUUGAAGAGAGAAAAAACAGAACAUUAUGUUUACUAAUAUUUGAUCCUGGAUGUCCUUCUCGAGAAAUGCAGAAACUUUUAAAACAAGACAUAGAAACUAGUAGUCUCAAACAACUCCGGAAGUCUGUGGGGAAUUUAAAACAUAAGCAGUACCAAAUCGUGGCAGUAGAGGGAGCUCUUUCACCAGAGGAGAAAGUCGCCAGGAAACAAGCUUCUCAAGUGUUUACAGCAGAGAAGAUUCCUUGAAGAAUCAAAUAUUUCAAUGAUUUUGGAACUAUUCUUUGUUUUCCAAAUUCAGAUACUGAACUCCUUAAUGUAUUUAAAGAAGCUGAUUUCACUUUAAGUUCUCAGUAUAUUAUUUAAUUUUUAAAAUGCGUGUUAUACAUUUUUAGCAUUUCAUCAUUUGGUAAUUAGUUUAAUAAAAUACCCUGUUUGCGUUGUUGCUUUUA